CAAGUUGCUUUAAAUACUGAUAAGUUGAUAUCAAAGAUAUGCAAGCCGGGCUAUCCAAACGAAACAUGGCAUGGCUCAAUUUCCCUGCAGUGGAGCUGGGUUUUUCGCUCAUCUUCCUCUGGAUAAUAUACAGAUUUCUGACAGCAAGCAAGAGAAACAAAGGAAAGUUGGGAUUGCCACCAGGGCCACGGCCAUGGCCACUAGUAGGCAAUCUCCAUCUCUUGGGAACCUUUCCUCCCAAGUCCGUGACUCAGCUCGGAAAAAAGUACGGACCCAUUAUGUUUCUACGCCUGGGCUCGGUACCCACGGUUGUGGCCUCUUCUCCUGCCAUGGCCAAAGAGUUUCUUAAAACCCAUGAUUUGAUCUUCGCCAGCAGACCAGCUACAUCGGGGGCCAAGUACCUGGGCUACGAGCGCAGAGACGUGGCGCUGGCCCCCUAUGGAGAAUACUGGCGGCAGAUGAGAAAGUUGUGCACGAUGGAAUUACUGACGACCAAGAGAACGGAGUCAUUCAGGUGGGUAAGAGAAGAAGAGGCGACAGCCAUGGUGAGAUCUGUGUGGGAAGGAAGUGAGAAGGGCAUGCGUUCCGUCGAACUGCGGAAUCUCAUCUCCACCCUCUCACUCAACACUAUCUGCAGAAUGUUUGCAGGCAGAAGAUACUCCGAACUGAGCGGAGGCGAUUCGUUUUUAGAGAUAAUGACUGAAAUUAUGCAUCUGUUGGGAGUAAUUAUUGUGGGGGACUACAUUCCCUCUCUUUCCUUUCUUGAUUUGCAAGGCUACCGCCGCCGUAUGAAGGCCGUUCAUAAAGCAUACGAUGCGUUUGCCGAGAAGCUGAUCGAUGAGCGCGUUGAGCUGAGGAGGAGGAGGAGUAAAAGGUCGGACAAUCCGGACCUUUUGGACGUGAUGCUGGACAUGGGUGAGAGCGAAAGUUCCGAGAUUCAAGUCUCUCGCCUUUCAAUCAAAGCAAUCAUCUUGGAUAUGCUACUUGCUGGAGUAGACACAUCUCUUAUAACUAUAGAAUGGGCGAUGACUGAGCUGCUGAGAAACCCUAAAGUAAUGGCAAGGGCGCAACAAGAGAUUGAAUUGCAGGUUGGGAGAGAUCGCAUUGUAAGGGAGAGUGAUCUUGUAAACUUAGAUUACUUGCGGUGUGUGAUGAAGGAAACAUUUCGAUUACAUCCAGUAGGGGCCUUUAUGGUGCCACACGAAUCCACUGAGGGUUGCAAUGUGGGAGGAUAUUACGUUCCACCAAAAACAAGGUUGCUUGUGAAUGUUUGGGCAAUGGGAAGGGAUGAUUGUAUUUGGAAAGAUCCUUUAGAAUUCAAGCCUGAAAGAUUUAUUGGGUCAAGCAUAGAUCUGAAAGGCCAACACUUUGAAUUGUUGCCAUUCGGAGCAGGGAGGAGGGGAUGCCCCGGAAUGUCCAUGGGGAGUUCCGUUGUUCACUUGGCUGUGGCUCAGCUCAUACAUUGCUUUGAUUGGAGUGUGGAGGGUGAGGUGAAUAGGGAAGAAGAGUUUGGUUUGAGCUUACCUAAAAAGUUUCCUCUUUCUGCUCUUCCCUCCUGGAGGCUCGCCACUGAAGGGCCACCAUAGCCUUGGAUAGAGUUGAGAGAUAAACUAUUAAUAUAGACAAU